AUCAAGGGUCAGCCGAGGUUCUGUUUGACGCUUCAGCGACACAAUCAAGGACAGCCCGGUGACAGAGAUCAAAAAAAGUUCUGGAAAUGAAAGGCUUGGUCAAGAGCAGUUUGUGGGCAAUUUUGAGGAAACUGAAAACAGAAGGAACCAUGUGUCUCACCUGAAGAGCUCCUCUCGCAGAGAGAGUUCCCCCAACAAAGAAAACACAGGCUCGAAACCUCCUCUUGGACAAAGAGAUGCCCCUGCUGGUCAACCACGCUCACAGCUCCCAACCACAAAAGCUGAAUCUCCGGCCCUGGACAGGAAGUCCUACAGUCCUGGCGUCAUGGGAGACAGGAAGUGCGGCAGCCCUUCUGUCCUCAGGAAGUUUGGAGCCAUGCUUCAGGAAAACGAGGGCAAAACACUGACUGAAUCAGGGGUGGUGACCAAUCAGGGGCCGGCUCCGGAGCCAAAGUGCCCAACCCCUAGCUGUCAGCGCAGAGCUCAGGGAGCCACUGCAGUCGCCAGCAGGGCGCCCAUGCGCGUGCCUACCCAGAAAUGCCGAGCAGAUUCCGACGUGCUGACAGCAGAGAUAGAGCCCGGCCAAGAAUGGGGGCUCAUAUCAGACUCUGGUAGACAGAACCACAAGGAUCACAGAGGAGCCUACAAAGGGUCCCAGCGGGGUCCUCAGCUGUCCCCGAGGAGAUCACCGGUGAUGGGAAGCCCAAAGCUUAGACCCAGGGCUAACAGUGGGGGAGACAGAGAUGGAGGACUGGCUCAAGGGGAGAGAGGAAGGAAGCCUGCACCCCAACAUGCAGAGCCCAAAAUGGACUACAGGGCCUCAAGUGCUUCCUCUGGAGCUCAGAAGAUCCAGAGGGGUGGGUUAGCGGGACAAGAGUUGGCAGGUUGUGGCAAAGUGAGGGAUGAAGGACUUAUUGAACUGCUGGACAUGUUGGAUAUCCAACACGAGUACAGCUCCAGUCCCAAAGCGAGACAAACAGCUUACAGACAGGAUCCACAGCAGGUAAACCCAGACCAGUCGUCCCCUGACAAUCUUAGUAAAUGCUUCUCUCGUCCUGCACGGCCAGCCAACCAACGACCUCCUUCCAGGUGGGCCGGCCGCACCCCUACCGCCAUCAUCACCACCCCAUCAGGCCCAAUGUACCGUCCCCCAAGCCCCCUGGCUCGCACAUCUAGCCCCAUGACCAGAACCCCAAGUCCCGCGCUGAAGCGUCGGCCCCAUGUUUCCUAUUCUCUUCAGACUGAGACGGUCAUUAUGUGAUACCUGUCCAUUUCAGAUUAAGCUUGAUCCCUUCCUCCUCUCUCUGUGUAAAUAGUAAGGACUUUUUCUGUGAAACAAAGUGCUUUAAGAGAGUUAAAGAUACGCUUAAUUUCAUCUUGAUGCCAUGUUCAAGAAAAAAAAACAUUCUCCAGGGUUGCUGUGGCUUUUUGCUUCUUCUGUGCUGAAACACAUUAACAGAUUGCUUAGUUGCAGCCCUCCCCUUAUCCUCUUUUUGUAUUAAAUUUCAGGUGUUUUCUGUAUAAUGAGAUUUUGCAUGCAGCCCUAGUUUAAGGGUGCAUGCUCAUGUGUUUAAUCCUCAUGGCGGCCAUGUUGAAUCAAAUUCAACCUGGACUCCAGUAGGAGUAGAUGAAGUCGCAACUGUGCUCCCAGCAGCAAUCUGCUUACUAUCAACAUCAGUGUGUUUUUCUGUAUCAUAUUGUUAAAGUAAUAUAUUUGAGAUGUUGGAAUAACAGCUGUGACAAAUUGCUAUGAUAUGCCUUUAAUGUAUUUUUUUCCUUGGUAAUAAAUAUGACAGUGCUUUGA